GUAAAACUGACUCGAAAUGGACUCAACAGAGGCUAUACAGGAGUUGAAAAAACUUAUUUCCGAUGUUAAGCCAUGUGCUGUUACAGAAUUCCUUGGAUGGAUCCGGAGUAAUAUCGACGAUAUGUAUGAGGAAGCAGUGGACAAAUCAAGACAGAACUGUGACAUCAUGCUGGACACAAUACGAGAUGAAAUAAGGGAAAGGUUACCUAUCAACGCCACCUUUCCCACAGAGCGUAUCCUUACACCAGUAGCUGGACCUAACUCAGACUGUGAUCCUACCACUACUGUCCAUGUAGAUGCUUUCUUGUUUGAUGAUAAUGUCAUCGAUGGCCUGUGUGAUGAUGGGAAGAUGAGUAGAAACUAUUGUCGGCAGUGUGGAUCAAAGGAAAUCAGUCCCCUAACCUUUAUAACUCACUCUGCAUCAGUGAGACAGAUAAAAUACAUGUUUCAAUACUUGCUACCUAAUCUCCAUGGAAAAGCUGUACUCGAUGUUGGAUCAAGGACUGGUGCAGUACUUUAUGGGGCAUAUCUGUUCAGUGAUGCAAGUAAAAUAGUUGGUGUGGAAUUAGACAAAAGCUUUUGUGAUCUACAGAAGAAGAUAGUGGAGAAAUACGAAUUCAAAGAUAGGAUAAAGAUUGUGCACCAGAAUAUAAUGAACUAUCUACAGUAUCUAAACAGAUUUGAUGUUAUAAUCCUCAAUAACGUAUUUGAAUUCUUCAUGGAAAUGAAAGCUCAGAAGCAAGUCUGGCAGUCACUGUAUCAAAACAUAAAUAAACCUGGCACAAUGUUGAUCACCAUUCCAAGUGUGAAGGAAAGUCUGCAAAAUCUGCAGACGAACAUAAAUCUGUCCAAAUGGCUGAAGGAGGUAGACAUGUGUGAGGUGUGCAAAAAAACAAAUAUGUUAAUGUAUGGCCAGGAAGAUCCAGACGACAAAGACCUUGCAUCCAUUCAUCUGUACGAGGUCCUUCCCAGGACAUAAAAGUCAUCUUAAUAUUUUUGUCAAGAUUAUUGAACAGAUUAUAAUGUUAAUUGUAGCAUCCUGCUUGAUGACAUUACUUAAUAUUCUCUUAUAGUAGUAAUGUUAAUUGUAUGACAUCAUUGUAAUGAAUACAUAUAAGGAAAGUCAGUAUAGUUGUGAUUGCCAUAUCAGUUCAUUCAGUGAGGUCAUCAUAUAUAACAUUACAAUUGACAUUAAUCUGAUUAGCCUGAAGAGAGAAAUUUCUCAAUAGCAAAACAAAUCUAACAUUUCUGAAUCAUUGACCCCGAUGAAUCACUUGUCAUCAUAAGUCCGUCUAUUUCAGAGAAAAUAACCUAAAACUCAGAUGGAGUGUUUAAUAGUAGUUUUCCCCUUUGAUAUCAAUAUAGGAGCCAAGUUUGUGUGCUAUCUUUUCUUUAAAAGUCAGUAUUCAAUAAAUUACAGUACUAGCAAA